GGCCGCCAGGUCGGCGGAGAGCAGUGACGAGCCCGGAAGCGCCUGCGCGCGCCAGUCCGCUCCAGAACUAGUUUUGUUCGGUGUCCUCCGGACCGGAGCCCUUCGGAGACAGCCCGCGGCAGGACCCGGCCGGCCUCAGCCAGCACCGCAGCAAUGUCUAGCAACAGUUUCGCCUACAACGAGCAGUCCGGAGGCGGGGAGGCGGCGGAGCUGGGGCAGGAGGCCACCUCCACCAUCUCUCCCUCGGGCGCCUUCGGCCUCUUCAGCAGCGAUUUGAAGAAGAAUGAAGAUCUGAAGCAGAUGCUAGAGAGCAGCAAAGAUUCUGCUAAACUAGAUGCUAUGAAACGGAUUGUUGGGAUGAUUGCAAAGGGGAAAAAUGCUUCUGAACUCUUUCCUGCGGUUGUGAAGAACGUGGCCAGUAAAAAUAUUGAGAUCAAGAAGUUGGUGUAUGUUUACCUGGUCCGAUAUGCAGAGGAACAGCAGGAUCUGGCGCUCCUAUCCAUAAGCACUUUCCAGCGAGCUCUGAAGGAUCCAAAUCAGCUCAUUCGUGCAAGUGCUUUGAGAGUUCUGUCAAGUAUUAGAGUACCAAUUAUUGUACCCAUCAUGAUGCUCGCAAUUAAGGAAGCUUCAGCUGACUUAUCACCAUAUGUUAGGAAAAAUGCAGCCCAUGCUAUACAGAAAUUGUACAGUCUUGAUCCAGAGCAGAAGGAAAUGUUAAUUGAAGUAAUUGAAAAACUUCUGAAAGAUAAAAGCACACUGGUAGCUGGCAGUGUUGUGAUGGCUUUUGAAGAAGUAUGCCCAGAUAGAAUAGAUCUGAUUCACAAGAAUUACCGCAAGCUUUGUAAUUUAUUGGUUGAUGUUGAAGAGUGGGGUCAGGUGGUCAUAAUCCACAUGCUAACCCGAUAUGCUCGUACACAGUUUGUCAGUCCUUGGAAAGAGGAUGAUGGUCUAGAAGACAAUGAAAAGAAUUUCUAUGAAUCUGAUGAUGAACAGAAGGGAAAGAGUGACAAAAAGAAGCCAUAUACUAUGGAUCCAGACCACAGACUCUUAAUUAGAAACACAAAGCCUUUGCUUCAGAGCAGGAAUGCAGCGGUGGUUAUGGCUGUAGCUCAGCUGUACUGGCACAUAUCACCCAGGUCAGAAGCCGGUAUUAUUUCUAAGUCGCUAGUGCGCUUACUUCGUAGCAAUAGGGAGGUGCAGUAUAUUGUCUUACAAAAUAUUGCAACUAUGUCAAUUCAAAGAAAGGGUAUGUUUGAACCUUAUCUGAAGAGUUUCUAUGUUAGGUCAACUGAUCCAACUAUGAUCAAGACACUGAAGCUUGAAAUUUUGACAAACUUGGCAAAUGAAGCCAACAUAUCAACACUUCUUCGAGAAUUUCAGACCUAUGUGAAAAGCCAGGAUAAACAGUUUGCAGCAGCCACUAUUCAGACGAUAGGCAGAUGUGCCACCAAUAUCACAGAAGUCACGGACACAUGCCUGAAUGGCCUGGUCUGUCUGCUGUCCAACAGGGAUGAAAUAGUUGUUGCUGAAAGUGUGGUUGUUAUAAAGAAAUUGCUGCAAAUGCAGCCUGCACAGCAUGGUGAAAUUAUUAAACAUAUGGCCAAACUCUUGGACAGUAUCACUGUUCCUGUGGCUAGAGCAAGUAUUCUUUGGCUAAUUGGAGAAAACUGUGAACGAGUUCCUAAAAUUGCCCCUGAUGUUUUAAGGAAGAUGGCUAAAAGUUUCACCAGUGAAGAUGAUCUGGUAAAACUGCAGAUUGUAAACCUGGGAGCAAAAUUAUAUUUAACCAACUCCAAACAGACAAAAUUGCUUACCCAGUACAUAUUAAAUCUCGGCAAGUAUGAUCAGAACUAUGACAUCAGAGACCGUACAAGAUUUAUUAGGCAGCUUAUUGUUCCGAAUGAGAAGAGUGGAGCUUUAAGUAAAUAUGCCAAAAAAAUAUUCCUGGCACAAAAACCUGCACCACUGCUGGAGUCUCCUUUUAAAGAUAGGGAUCAUUUCCAGCUUGGCACCUUAUCUCAUACCCUCAACAUUAAAGCUUCUGGGUACCUGGAAUUAUCUAAUUGGCCAGAGGUGGCGCCUGAUCCAUCCGUUCGAAAUGUAGAAGUAAUAGAGUUGGCAAAAGAAUGGACCCCAGCUGGAAAAACAAAGAAAGAGAGACCUGCUAAGAAAUUUUACUCUGAGAGCGAAGAUGAGGAAGAGGAUGGAGAGGAGGAGGAGGAGGAAGUGGAGGACUCUUCUGAUAGCAGCACUGACAGUGAGAGCAGAUCUGGAAGUGAGAGUGGGGAAUCUGGCGGAAGUGAUGAGGACAGUGGUGAGGACCGCAGCGAAGAAGACGCCCCCAGCGGGCGGCAGAGCGAGAGUGCAAGCGAGGCAGAAGCAGAAAGCAAGAGGGCAGCCAAGAGGAGCUUGAAAACCAAGAGGAAAAGGGAUUCAGAAGAUGGAAAGAAGAAAAGUGAAAAAUCUAAAGAUUCAGCUUCGUCCAGUGCAGAGUCUAGUUCAGUAGAAGAAAGUUCUUCAGAUUCCGAAUCUGAAUCCGAAUCUGACAGUGAACCUGAGUCCAGAAAAAUCACUAAGGUGAAAGAAAGAAAACCCCAGCAAGACAGAAAUCCUCAUACCAAAGAUGUUUGUCUUCUAGAUCUAGACGAUUUUAACUCAGAAUUCACGCCGAUCGCCCUUCCCACCCCAGUCCUUUCUCCAAGCUUGAUAGCUGAUCUAGAAGGUCUGAACUUGUCAACUUCUUCAUCAGUCAUCAGUGUCAGUACACCUGUCUUUGUGCCAACAAAAACACAUGUGCUACUUCAUCGAAUGAGUGGAAAAGGACUGGCUGCCCAGUAUUUCUUUCCAAGACAACCUUGCAUUUUUGGUGAUAAGAUGGUCUCUGUACAAAUAACACUGAGUAACACUUCUGAUCGGAAGAUAGAAAAUAUCCAUAUAGGGGAAAAAAAACUCCCUGUAGGCAUGCAAAUGCAUGUUUUUAACCCAAUAGACUCUCUUGAGCCUGAGGGAUCCAUUACAGUUUCAAUGGGUAUUGACUUCUGUGAUUCUACACAGACUGCCAAUUUCCAGUUGUGCACCAAGAAUGAUUGCUUCAAUGUAAACAUCCAACCACCUGUUGGAGAACUGCUUUUACCUGUGGCCAUGUCGGAGAAAGACUUUAAGAAAGAGCAAGGAGCACUCACUGGAAUGAAUGAGACCUCUGCCACGAUAGUCGCUGUGCCACAGAACUUCACCCCCUCCAUGAUCCUUCAGAAGGUCGUGAAUGUUGCCAACCUGGGUGCAGUGCCUUCCGGCCAAGACAACAUACACAG